UUUCCAAACGAAACAGAGUGUGGCUUUGACGAGGAAGAAAAAAAAAAUGUAAGGAUGGUCUAAUUCUGAGAGAACGAGCUCUGACAAAUUGAAGAUGCUCGAGUUCAAACUUGGUCAACGAGUCCACUCGGGAGGAGAUUGCCGGCGAAUCGAGACAGUGAAGUACAUAGGAGCAGUGGAAGGCUACUCUAGGUGUUGGAUUGGCGUCUAUUGGGACAAUGGCGAUGGAAACACACAAUGGCUCCAUCAAUGGGGUUUGCUAUUUUCUCUCCAAAUCUCAGAAAUCAACGUCCUUUGUUCGCCCCCACAAUUUGAGCACUGAGAUCACUUUUUUGCAAACUCUUGACAUUAGAUACAUGACCAUUUCCACUAAAGAAGAGGAAGUUGAAGAUUGAUACAAUGCCGGAGUCAAGAGACAGAUUAUCGAGGCCUGACGACAUUACAGUGUUGUUUGCUCGUCGGCGGCAAUCGAUUGGAGGCAUAGCGAUCCUACUUGAUGAACCAGAAGAGGUGGGUUCUGGAACUCCCUUCCGGCGGGGAGCGACGGCGAUGACGGGUACACGUGGAGCGAUGGGAUCGGCUGCUACACGAGGUGGUGGUGUCGGUCGAGAGAACACGCCUUUGGGAAGAGUUCGGCGAGGCCGAGGACGAGGAGGACGUGGUAGUGUGUUACCUUCUUGGUACCCUAGAACGCCUCUUCGCGACAUCACUGCGGUCGUGCGGGCCAUUGAAAGAAGAAGAGUUACUUUGAGGGAAACCGAAGGCCUACAAAAUGAGAGUCCUAUAUCCCAGGACCGAAAUGUUCUUGAUCCUUCUGUGCCUACCACCAAUCAAAAUGCUGGAUAGCUUGAUUCCCUUACCCCCCAGAAGAAGCUCCUAAACUCAAUUGACACAGUUGAGAAACUAGUGAUGGAAGAGUUAAAGAAAAUGAAGAGCACUCCUGGUGCUAAGAAAGCUAACCGGGAAAAAAAGGUCCAACCUUUAAUUUCAAUGCGUUGAUUAAUCAU